AUGGCGCUGUUAUCAUGGUGUCGCGUCGCGUGGCACGCCUGCGUUUUGAUCUGUCGAAUCCUUCUGCUUGUCCCAUCAGCUCUCUACUACACCGUUCCGAGCAAUCGCCCUCAUCGAUACUGGACUCUACACCAAGCAUUAGGCAGAAAGCUUAUGUUCAACUUGAUGCAAUUCUAUACAAGCAUUCGCCUUAUCACUACAAUGCCAACAGAACGCAAGGAUUUGGGAACGCGGUAUAUAUCCAUUGCGCCAGCAUCGGACCGAAAACUCUACCGUGGACCCUUGAAAGAUGAGGUCAUACAGCCGGGUACGGUUCGGGCCGUAUGGUACCCCGAAUCUCACGACCCAUCAUGUCUUUCCAACAUGGCAUCAGGAGAGUAUCUUCUUCAUUUCCACGGAGGAGGUUAUGUUCUUGGGAGCCCUCUGCCACUCGACAGUGGAUACUUUGCUGGCGUCUUUGCAAAGUACAUAACACCAAAGGUUCUUUUUGCUGGGUACAGGUUAACAUGCGUGCCAGAGGGGCGUUUCCCUGCAGCCCUACAAGAUGCUGUCACCGCCUAUCUUCAUAUCUUAUCUAUGGGAGUCCCUCCAGAGAACGUGAUUAUCAGUGGUGAUAGUGCAGGCGGACACCUUGUUAUCUCGUUGCUGAGAUACAUCAGCGAGCAUCUGGUAGAUACUCCAAGCCCCAAAGCUGCUUUGCUAUGGUCCCCGUGGAUCAAUAUUGCAGGAGCUACACCGGCGCAACACGUUUUGCGACGAAAGAAUUACGACACAGAUUACCUACCAGCCGACUUUGCUGAAUGGGCGACCGAAUCCUUUGCUCCUGAAGGCAUCAUCGACCGUCAUGGGCCAUAUGUCACAUUGAAGGGCAAACCGUUCAGAACCAAGACGAAGCUCUGGGCUCAUGUCGGAGAUGCAGAACUUCUCUACGACGAGGUUUUCGAGUGGGCUCAUGAUAUGAGAGAGGCUGGAAACGACGUGACUUUAAGGAUUGAACAUGGUGCACCGCAUGACAUUGUUGAGAGUGGUCACAUCAACGGGUUUCGAAAGGAAGGGGAAGAAGCGGCCAAAGCUGUAGCGGAUUGGCUUCAACAGUGA